AGACCCCUGAAAUCCUCCUCCGAGCCACAGUCCCAUAAUCAACACAGCACAGACGGCUUGCGCGGGGCCGAGCACGCGCUGGACACUGAUAAGAAAACUGCAAGACCAAGAGUUAUAUUUAGGCUAACUUACGUUAAUGCCGCUUUUAUUGCAGACAAUGCGAAAAGGAAGGGACCCUCGCGUGCUACACAUGGGCCAUCUUCAAUUGGAAAGACUAACAGUAUUUCUAGGUUAUCAACGGUGAUGUGGAGUUAAUAAUUAGUGAGAAGUUUAUAACCUACCAAAACAAAGGGACCGAACGCGCAUCACUUUCCUAAAAAAAAAAAACCAUAAAGUCCUGUCUGACUUUUAUGACCUUUUAUGUAAUCUUCAUAUUACUUUCUUAAAAUUUUCAUGCCUGAACAGGUAUUUUAGAUUACCGUUCUCUAAGAUAAUAGCCUAUUAAGGGUCGCCUUUAUUGGACUGAAGCAUGCAAAUGAAUGAUUAAAUAAACGUCAUUUGAGGAAUCCGGGAUUUUAGUGCUUCGCCUGGAAACAAACCUCUUCGCUUUAAUCCGCAAACUGCCUUUCAAAGGACUUCAAAUGGGCCACUUGCUCCUCAGAAGAGAGACUCAUUCUGCCGUCGAGGGCAAUUUGAAUGUUUGCGCACUGAGAGGAAUGUCGAGCCUGCAGAGCCGCUGAGGGACUUAGACUGCUGCUUAAUUAACCCGAUAUUUGCUCGCGAGUCGGAGCCCAGCUCGGAGCGUCUCUCGCGCGUCUCUAAAUGCGCGCUGUCCCGCGGAGCCCCGCAGCGGCACGGCAGCAAGAUGAGAUCGCGGAUCCCGCUUCUUCUCGCGGUACUUGCGGCGGCGUGUCUGCGGUUUGGCAGGUCGGAGGCUGAUCCUCUCCCGGCCGCUGUGGUUGAGUUGGUGAAAGGUGGAUCUGUGUCUUCUAUCCAGGACCUGCAGUUUUUGCUGUUCUCUGAAUCUAUAGAGGUUGAGCCGGACAGUCACCAUGACAAUGACACCAGCAACCGUCUGCCACGCAGUCUUCUGGAUGCUCAGCCGGCUCAGCAAGCCAUCUGUAAGGUCAGGACCGAGGUCAUCGAGGUCACACGGUCCAUGUUGGAUCGUAGCAAUGCAAAUUUCCUGUUGUGGCCUCCGUGUGUGGAGGUGCAGAGGUGCUCGGGCUGCUGUAACACCAAGACCCUGCAGUGUGUGCCUGUUCUCACACACACACGAUACCUACAGGUGAUGAAGAUACAGUAUGUGAACAAGCAGCCACUUUACAAUAAGGCUGUCGUCUCCGUUCUCGACCAUGUGGAGUGUCGCUGUCAGCCGCCUCCUCGGCCCGCUCAGCGCCGGAAAUCGUCCGGCCACAAACAAGAAGGGCGGGAACGCUCUGGGAAACCUCGAACCAAAGAUGAGCUCCAUCGCAGGGACGAACUCAAACACAACCAGAGGAUAAGCCUGGAGGACCUGCUCAGCCACAGCCGGCUGCCCAAAGAGAGGUUCUCUGAGCCAGGAUUCGGCCGGGACGGCUGGGCUCUGAACGAGACGCAGUACGGAGGGGGGAAAGGUCAUCACCGUCACCCUGGGGAUGGAAGGAGACACGGCAAACUGAAUGACACAGCAACGACGGCUUCACUGCCGAAUCAUACCGAGCAGGAAGAAACGGACUUGUCAUUACGCAACAUUACGCAAAGUGAAUCACAGAGCAAAACUAACCAAAGUAUAACCAAUCAAACAUCAGAUUUUACAAUGACUACACUGGAAGCGACCAAUCAGACUUUUGCGCACCAGUCAAAUCUAACGCAAGAAAACGAACAAUUGCAAACUACCAAUCAGACAGACCAAUUCACCUUUAAUGCCACAGGAGCAGCCAAUCAGAAUCAUGGAGAUGUGCUUCUGUCUGUAGAGGAGGGCGGUCAGAAGGUGAGAGGUGAGACUAUGGAUGUAGAGGUGAAGGAGGAGCAGCGAGAGCAGAGACAAAUGGACGAAAAGGCAAAGGAGGAGGAAAUGGAAGAACUGCUGCUAAUGCACAGAAUCCUGGAUGAAGAAAACCACAAACAUCACCUCAAAGUACAACAGACGAGUAUACAGCCGGACGAGAAAUUACAGCAGCUCCAUCACAAACAACACACUUAUACAACCACACAACGGACGGGGACUACAUCUCCUGUGCAACAUCUCCCUCCACACAAACCCCCCAGACCACAUCCUCACCCCCCGAAAAGGAGGAGAAAACAGCGCAAUCGCAUCAGCAAAUCUGCCAUGAGAGCCCUGCUCAUGUAAAUCAAACAUACACAGUUAAAUAAUCACACGGAUGCAAUCUCUCCCAUAAGAGUUCUUAUUUAUGUAACCAGUGUGUCCUGGGACAUUAAGAGAUAUGGCACUAAACAGUUUUCAAAAAAACUCCUGCAGCCAGGCCAUUCUCACCUCUCACAAACUUCCUAAUCUCUUUCUCUGCUCAAAGCCAUGAGGAUAAAGACAAGUCUGACACACAAGAUGUUUGCAUGGAGGAUGGUCUGAGGUUCCCUUGCACCUGCUGAAGAGUCCCUCUGCUCCUGUUGGCUCUUUAAAAAAACAUUCAACUUUCUAGACUUGGGAAUCAUGUAAAUCCAGAAGUUCAGAACUUCAGAAGCAUGAAACACCUUUUGAACCCUGGACAGAGGAAGCCUAUAUUAGAGGAAACAAGUAAGAGCAUGACGCUGAAACAGUAUGCAGUGGUAAAUAACCUGUUCAGCACAGAACUGGCAAAAUGUGGAAGAGAGUGGCUUGAAAAAAGACCUUGAAAAGAUUUCCUAUGAUCACUCACCAUAAGAGACAAAGCGGUAGUUGCUCCUGUGCUGCAUCUUACCUAUCAUUGUAAACCACCCAAAAAAGCGGUUGCCAUUUUCAAUUAUGUUGUGAAAAUUAGGCUUGGAUUUCAUGAAAUAAUUGACAAAAGAUUCUUUGUUGUUUUUCCCCUGAUCCAGUAUUAUCAAAAAGAAAUCUUUUGAAAAGCACACUAUCUCCAGGGAUGCAAUCAAAACAUUUUGUUGUUGUUGUUGUUUUCUGUCAUAUUUCAAACUAUAUGUUUUUACCUAAAACAGACAAGCACAGGGAACGCCUGAACAACUUUGUAUUUUAAUAUAUUACCAGUCAAAAUCACACAGUACCUUUGCUAUUAGUUGUUUUCAGUAUCAUUUGUUAUUAUUUAAGCGAUUCUUAACACUGGAAAUUCACACAGGAUAAAGCAAGGGAAUGCAUUUCUGUCUCAAUUAAUUCCUCAAACCUCUAAGAGUGUAAAGGUGCUACAUUAUAACACAAAGCAGUAAGAGUUUAUUCAUUAAUAUUAUUUAUUCUUUUGUAAAUCUGUUGUGUUCACAGCAGGGCCGGUGUUUCAUCAUAGUCUUACAAAGCUCUCACCAGAAGACCAAAAUAUGGAUUAUUUGUCGUAUGUUUAUGUACAGAUGGUCCGUUUUGGAUCUAUACUAAGCAUUGCAGAUUGUGCAGAAUUUGCACUCCUUUUUUAUACGUAGAAUAAAAUUGAAACACUAACCAAUAA